AUGUCAUCAAGACCACAAGUUUCUGUCAUCUCCGUUCAAGGUGAACAAUCAACCACCCAGUUGCCAUUGCCAUCAGUCUUCUCUGCCCCAGUCAGACCAGACAUUGUCCACUCUGUCUUUGUUAGAAUCAACAAGAACAAGAGACAAGCCUAUGCUGUUGCUGAAAACGCCGGUCACCAAACCUCAGCUGAAUCAUGGGGUACCGGUAGAGCUGUUGCCCGUAUUCCAAGAGUUGGUGGUGGUGGUACUCACCGUUCUGGUCAAGCUGCUUUUGGUAACAUGUGUAGAGGUGGUCGUAUGUUUGCUCCAACCAAGACUUGGAGAAGAUGGCACGUCAAGGUUAACCACAACGAAAAGCGUUACGCCACUGCUUCUGCUAUUGCUGCCUCUGCUGUCACCUCUUUGGUUUUGGCUAGAGGUCACAGAGUUGAAAACGUUAAGGAAUUGCCAUUGGUUGUUGCUAACGAUUUCGAAUCAGUCCAAAAGACUAAGGAAGCUGUUGCUAUCUUGAAGGCUGUUGGUGCUCACAAGGACGUUGUCAAGGUUAUCAAGUCCAAGAAGAUGAGAGCCGGUAAGGGUAAAUUGAGAGGAAGAAGAUUUACUCAAAGAAGAGGUCCAUUGGUUGUCUACGGUGAAGACAAGGGUUUGGUUAAGGCCUUGAGAAACAUUCCAGGUGUUGAAACUUCAUCCGUCAAGCACUUGGGUUUGUUGCAAUUGGCUCCAGGUGCUCAUUUGGGUAGAUUUAUCAUUUGGACCCAAUCUGCCAUUGAAGCUUUGGACUCCAUCUACGGAUCUGAAUCCACCAAGUCCAUCAAGUCCAACUACUCCUUGCCAGCUAACAUUAUCUCCAACACUGACGUUACCAGAUUGAUCAACUCUGCUGAAGUCCAAGCUGUUGUUAGACCAGCUGGUGAAUCCACCCAAAAGAAGAGCCACGUCUUGAAGAAGAACCCAUUGAAGAACAAACAAGUCUUGUUGAGAUUGAACCCUUACGCCAAGGCUUACUCUGCUGAAAAAUUGGGAUCUGCCAAGGCUGAAAAAUCUAAAGCUAAGCCAUCUAAAGGUCAAUUUGCUUCAGUUUUGAAAAACUAA